GCGGCAGGGGCGGGCACCGUACGGGGAGCGGCGCUCUCCGCCUCCCGGAGGCGGGUCGGCAGUGACAGCUGGAGAGCAUGGGCGGGGCCCGAGCCGGCCUCUAGGUGCAGACACUGGGCGGCGCGGCGCCGCCUGCUCCCCGGCUGCAUCCAGACGGCGCUGUAGCCGCAGCGGCAGGUUCCUCCGGGGGCAGCGUCCCAGGGAGCGCGCAGGAAUCCCGGCGGGCAGCUGGCUCCGCUGCGGCGCUGAUGUCACUAAUACUGUGCAGGAUUUUCUCUGUAUUGAAGAAGAAGAGGAUGAAUCAAUAGAAAUCACACUUGAGGGGGAAAAUGUCCCAUACUUGAAUAUUCAGUAAUUCAUCUACUUGCAUGGUCCACGGUACAUAUUUUCAUCUUUAAAUAGGACACAACUGUCUUGGAAGCCUGUGGACCAGAGAAAGGAAGAAAAGUCUGAACCAUGUAUUAAUCAUUUCAGUGAUGAAGCAGGGAAUGGCUUCUGAUGGUGACAGAGUGCAUCCUUUGAAUCCAUAAAAAGAUAAGUAGGAAGAAGAGAAAUUGGAACUAUUGAUUGAUAUUGUUCAGCUGAUGGGGUUUCCUGAUACCCCUGAAGUCUAAUGGAUUUUCCAUCACUAACAUCACUGGAAUGGAUAUGAAAGAAAUCAGCCAUGAUCGAAAAGUGUUACAUGCAGGACUGUGUUGAGGACUACUUGAAUUGUUAAUGUCUAGCACAGAGGGCUGCUUGGCUAUUGGUUCAGCGUGGCGUGAGGGAUUUUUAUUGUAAACUUUAAAAAUAACUAUGUCCAAGAAAAGCCGUGUCAAGGGAGAGAGGUCCGACAUGGAGAUAGAAGCAGUUCAGGCUGCUAAUGAGGAACUACGAAUUAAACUGACCAACAUCCAGAUAGAAUUCCAGCAAGAAAAAAGCAAGGUGGGUAAACUGAGAGAGCGAAUCCAGGAAGUCAAGCAAGAAAGAGAGCAGGAGCAGCACAAGCACACUGCCUACAUCUCUGAACUGAAGGCUAAACUCCAUGAGGAGAAAAUGAAGGAACUCCAGGCUGUCAGGGAGCUGCUUAUCCGGCAGCAUGAGCAGGAAGUAGCUCGUAUGGUAAAAAUAAAAGACAGUGAAAUUCAACGCUUGCAGUCUACAGUGAACGUGCUGCGGGAUGGGGCAGCCGACAAAGUGAAAACUGCAUUGCUCAAUGAAGCCAGGGAAGAAGCUCGGAAAGCAUUUGAUUGUGAACGUAUAAAGAUGCAGCAGGAGAUAUUGGAGCUGAAGUCUGGUAAAAAGCAGCUUGAAGAAACUUUGAACAAUAUUAUGCAGGCAGAUAAAAUGAAGGCUGCUGAUCUGCGCACGGCUUAUCAGUCCCAUCAAGAUGAGGUUAAUAGAAUAAAGCGUGAAUGUGAGAGGGAUAUCCGCAGGCUGAUGGAUGAGAUAAAAGGCAAAGACAGAGUGAUUUUGGCUUUGGAAAAAGAUCUUGGUGUCCAGGCGGGCCAUGCACAAAAGCUGCUGCUUCAGAAAGAAGCUUUGGAUGAACAGCUUGUCCAAGUAAAGGAGGCAGAACGGUACCAUGGUAGCCCCAAGAAGGAACUUCCUCCUGGAGUAGGGGAUAUCACUGAAAUGAUGGGAAGCCCGGAACAGCAUAUGGAUGAACGAGACAUACGGAGAUUUCAACUAAAAAUCGCUGAACUGAAUGCUGUAAUACGGAAGCUGGAAGACAGAAAUACCCUUUUAGCAGAUGAAAGAAAUGAACUGCUGAAACGUUCUCGGGAGACAGAAGGUCAGCUGAAGCCCCUUGUAGAGAAAAACAAGAGGAUGACCAAAAAGAAUGAGGACAUGUUGCAGUGUAUCCAGAGGAUGGAAGAAAAAAUUAAAAAUCUCACAAGGGAAAAUGCAGAAAUGAAAGAAAAGUUAUCCACACAGCCGACUUUGAAGAGACACACUUCCUUGAACGAUCUCAGUAGCACACGAGAGGAACAAGAAAUGGAAUUCCUGAGACUGCAAGUCAUAGAGCAACAGCAUGUUAUUGAUGAUCUCACAGUGGAACGAGAACGGUUGUUACGCCCAAAAAAACCGAAAAGGAAAAGUCUGAAACCUCCAAAGAGGCAUGUUGUGGAGACGUUUUUUGGAUUUGACGAAGAAUCUGUUGACUCUGAAACCUCAUCUGUAACUUCGUAUAACACGGACAAAACAGACAGAACACCAGCAACACCAGAAGAAGACUUGGAUGAUAGUACGCCUAAAGAAGAAGCUGAUUUAAGGUUCUGUCAACUAACCAGAGAAUAUCAGGCUUUACAAAGAGCAUAUGCAUUACUUCAAGAGCAAGUUGGUGGGACACUGGAUGCAGAGAGAGAAGCAAGGACUCGUGAACAACUGCAAGCUGAUCUCCUCAGGUACCAGGCGAAAAUUGAAGAUCUGGAGAAAUCUCUGAUUGAAAAAGGACAGGAUUCCAAAUGGAUAGAAGAAAAGCAGCUCCUUAUCAGAACAAACCAGGAGUUGUUAGAAAAGAUUUACAAAAUGGAGCUGGAAGAGAAUCAGCUGAAGAACGAGAUGCAGGAUGCAAAAGACCAGAAUGAGCUGUUAGAAUUCAGAGUGCUCGAACUUGAAGAGAGAGAACGAAGGUCACCGGCAUUUAACCUCCAUAUAACCACCUUCCCUGAAAACAAUGGAAGUGCACUUCAACUGUUCUGUCAACAGGAAGGAAUAAAGGAUGUGAAUAUUUCUGAACUUAUGAAGAAGCUUGAUAUUCUUGGAGAUAAUGGGAAUUUGAGAAAUGAAGAACAGGUUGCAAUAAUCCAAGCUGGAACUGUACUUUCCCUCUGUGAAAAGUGGCUAAAACAAAUAGAGGGAACAGAAGCGGCACUGACACAGAAGAUGAUGGACCUGGAGAAUGAAAAGGACCUGUUCAGUAAACAGAAGGGUUAUUUAGAGGAAGAACUCGACUACAGGAAACAAGCUCUGGACCAGGCUUACAUGAAAAUCCAGGAGCUGGAAGCCACGCUAUAUAACGCUCUGCAGCAGGACCCUGGAAGGCGGGCGAGUGAGUCAUUGAAUGAAGUGCAGAGGGAGGAUAUACGAGCUGCGGUGGAGAAGGUACGGAGGCAGAUCCUGAGGCAGAGCCGCGAGUUUGAUAGCCAGAUCUUGCAUGAGCGCAUGGAGCUGCUGCAGCAGGCACAGCAGCGGAUUCGAGAGCUAGAAGAUAAAAUAGAACUUCAAAAGCGGCAACUCAAAGAAAUAGAGGAAAAGCAUUCAUUGUGUGGCCUUGAUGAUGCUCCUGAGCCAAGAAAUGUGGAUAUUAAAAGAGCCUAUGGAGCGAACAACUGAAUCCAUGUGCAAAAACCAGAAAAUAAUUAUU